GGUUUAAGAGGUUGUGCGAUCGUCUCUUUCAAAAUUCAGCAUUUUUCGAUCUGGUUUUGUUUCAACCCGUCACAUAGCAAAUCAAGGCCAUCUUCAGACGACUUCAUAGGGUCCAGGUGUUUGACAAAUGGUAGCUCGCUGUAGUUGGCUGCAUUUUUGAAUAUCAUUCAAUCAAACAUCUAUGGAGAUGGCUCUAGGUGGCGAUCUCGAGGAAGCUCUUUCGGUAUUUGGAGAAUUACGAAAAGGUCCCAAAGCCGAAUACUAUUUUAAAUGGUCUGUUCUCAGCUUCGGUUGCUGUUUAACAAUCCAUCACAUCAUCAGCCCUUGGAUAUUCACACGAUAUAAUAAGUUGUAUCGAAAUCUACCUCGGCCCCAUAGGAUGGAAUGGGAUUCACGUGUAGUAUCGUCAAUACACGCGACUAUUGUUAGCAUUCUGUGUGUUACAGCGCUAGUUACCAAUGCUGAUCUGUGGUAUAAUCCGGCUAUAAGUGUAGCUCAUUCUGGUCUUAUGGCACUAUCGAUUUCCAUUGGUUACUUUUUAUGUGAUGCUAUUUCUAUGCCAUUCUAUUGGCGAAAUAACCAGUUAAUCAUAUUUCUUCUGCAUCAUGCGGCCGCAUGUUUAGCAUUUUUCUAUGUUGUGCGAUAUCGAACCUGCGUAUUUUUUGGUGUUUAUCGACUUACGACCGAGCUAUCUACACCUUUCGUCAACCAAAGGUGGUUCUAUCGUACUAUUGGUUACAAACCUGAUCGCCGAAGAGUCGCAUGCGUAACUUUGAUAUUUGCGAUUUUUUUUAUCAUAACACGUAAUUUAAUGAUUCUACCAUUUUGGUUUAUAGCCUAUAUAUCUUACGGAUCUGAUGUUCAAAAAAUUUGUGCUAGAUCUUUUCCACUUAUUGUUCCUAUUUUCGUAUGUAGUUGCGGAUUACUUGAUUGUUUAAAUAUCCAUUGGGCUUUUCGUACUUGUCGUCUUGGCUAUAAAGCUGCUAAACUAUUAUGGACUGCAGAUUGGCAAAGUGAUAUUUGUAAAGCUCGAGCACAUUUACACAAACGUUUACGUAAUCUCCAACAACGUGUUGCCUUUAAAGCUAAAAAUGAUACGAGUUUAAAACCAACAUUGAUAGAAAACCAUCAUAGUAAUACUUCAUUGAGUGAACAAAUCAGCAGUGGACUAUCCUCAUCGAAUUAUUCUACUUCCGAUAGUGAACUGGAGUCAGUUUAUUCAGAUUUAGAUUUUAAAGUAACUCCUGAAAAUGAUAAAGAUUUGACUAUAUCUAAUUCUAUUUAUCCAAAUUCAUCACAAAAUCUUAUUGAUGAUGAUAUUAAAUUAGUUCAUCGAUCGUGAAAAAAUAAUAGGUUCUAAAUUCCUUAAUUUGAUUUUAUGUAUAAACUAUUUGUCAGUUUUACUGUUUUGCAAACAAGAUCCUGCCAGUUAUUGCAUCACAUAAAAAAAAGAAAGUAAAUUUCUUCAAUAAUUAUUCUGUAUAGUUCGUAUAGAUUAUUUUUAGAUCAACAUAGAAAGUAUCAUUUUUUUUUGUUGUAUAAAAAGAGAACUCAUUUUAUUCUUACUAUUUACCUUCAAAGUUGUUAUAAUUUACAUUAUUUUUUUAAAGAAAAGAUAAGUCAAAUAUAGUCGAUCAUUUAUACUAGUUCUUGUUAAAUAAUUAUCAUAACUUAAUUAUAUAUAAAUUGCUUUCUCGGCUUUUGUUUACUUUUCCCUCAUGAGUAAAGAAAUUACAAAUGUAUUAAACGCUUUCCUUUCCCUUUUCAAGAAAAAAAACAUCUCGUUAAAAAAAUUAGUCUGCGUCAACCUCGAGUUUUAUAAAUAGAAAAUCAAGAAGUUGAACGCGCUAACCACUUUACUUUUGAUGGUUUUCUUAGUUUUGAGUGGUCGGUAAUUGAAUAAACCUUGAUACAUACGAAGAUUGAUUCAGCUUUUGUUCAUUCCUAUCACCUGUUGAGCAGAUGAUAUGUUCGUUUGCUCAUCAGAAAGGUAGUGUAUAGCAUAGAAGUCUUUUCUGUAUCGAUAUAGUCGUGAAAAAUUACCUAUGAAACAAGAAGAAAUGUGUUGUCUAUCUGUGCUUGACCGUAAAACACUUUAGAUCGCUUUUUGUAUAUGGUGGAGCUGCCGAGUCACUCCAACCACUUAAAAUUAUUUCCAAGUUAAUUCAAAUCGAUCAAUAAUGAUGAUAAAUUGUAUCAAACUCAUGUCUGAUGGAAAUAACUAUAAUAUUGGUGAGUGUACUCUUUAAUAUCCGGAAAUUCAUGAAGUUUGCGCUAAGGCUGUUAUCCUAGUUUAUAUGAUACGUGCAACGUUUAGUAACUAGUCUCUAAAAAUGUAAUAGGUUAUGUCAGCGAGAUGUCCAAACUAAUAAAUAUGGUCAGGAUUUACUCUAUAAUGCUAUUCAAUUGAUGAUAAAAAGUAGAGUUAUUAUUUAUUGUUCAUUGAUCGCUACUGAAUAGUGACCAAUAUCAUGCUUGUCUAGUGCUUUCACUCCUGCUUCUGUCGAUAAACUCCAGUUUGGCUACUGGUCUUAGUGUCUCAACGUCGCGUGCAUUAUGUUGAGAUAUCAGGUGGUUGGAGAUAACCGUCAGGAAACCCUAAACUUGGGUUAUAUGCUAUUCAGCACUCCACUAGGGAGCGAAAGUUCCCUCAGGAUUACACGUACACCUUGCUGACGAGUGCCUACUGGUACAAGAUCUAGGUCUAGGGUUUCAUUUUGACUACAUUAAAGCAGCUAACAGAAUCGCUAUUGUUAGUUAUACAUUAAGCUUGACUCUUCAAAGUCAUGUAUAGUGAACUAGGAGUUACUACGUAUAGUAAGAAAAAUAACUUAUUUGAUGUGUAAUCCAACAAAAGAGAAUAAAUU